AUGAAUUCUUUGUAGAUUAUUGAAUUUUCUAAUAGAGUAUUUGAUAAAUAUGACAAAGAUAAAUCAGGAUUUAUUGAAAUUGAUGAAUUAACUUUCCUAUUGAAUAACCUUGCAAAAGAAAUUAAAUCUUAAGUAAUAAUUUUUCAUAAAAUAGCCACCAACUUAAAAUGAGAUUAAUUAUAUUGUUCGAUACCUAGAUAAAAAUAAUGAUAAAAAGAUUAGUAGGAUUGAAUUUUAGAAAUUAGGAUAAUUAAUGGUGAAAGUUUUAGAGAAAAUAUGA